GCCGCUCUAGCCGCGUGGCGCCCGGCGAGUCCCCAGAACGGGAGCAAUGGCGGAUGGCGCGGAGCCGGAGAAGAAAAGAAGGAGGAUAGAGGAGCUGCUGGCGGAUGGAAUGGCUGUUGAUGGUGGGUGUGGGGACACUGGAGACUGGGAGGAUCGCUGGAACCAUGUAAAGAAAUUCCUCGAGCGAUCUGGACCAUUCACACACCCUGAUUUCGAGCCAGGCACUCAAGCUCUUGAUUUUUUGUUAAGCACAUGUAAAGUUCUAGUUAUUGGAGCAGGAGGAUUAGGAUGCGAACUCCUGAAAAAUCUGGCACUGUCUGGUUUUAGACAGAUCCAUGUUAUUGACAUGGACACUAUAGACGUUUCUAAUCUGAAUAGACAGUUUCUGUUUCGAUCCAAAGAUGUUGGAAGACCUAAAGCAGAGGUUGCAGCAGAAUUCCUGAACAGCCGAAUCCCUAAUUGUGCUGUCGUAUCACAUUUUAAAAAGAUUCAAGAUAUGGAUGAAGCUUUCUAUCGACAAUUUCAUAUUAUUGUAUGUGGUCUGGACUCUAUAAUUGCAAGAAGAUGGAUAAAUGGCAUGCUGAUGUCAUUUUUACACUAUGAAGAUGGUGUACUAGAUCCAAGUUCCAUCAUACCUUUGAUAGAUGGAGGGACAGAAGGCUUCAAAGGAAAUGCACGUGUGAUUAUUCCUGGCAUGACGGCAUGUGUUGAAUGCACUCUUGAACUUUAUCCACCACAGAUCAAUUUUCCAAUGUGCACCAUUGCAUCUAUGCCCAGGUUACCUGAACACUGUAUCGAGUAUGUCAGGAUAUUGCAGUGGCCAAAGGAACAACCUUUUGGAGAGUGUGUUCCUUUGGAUGGAGAUGAUCCAGAUCACAUACAGUGGAUUUACCAAAGAGCUUUAGAAAGAGCAUCACAGUUUAACAUUAAAGGUGUUACGUACAGACUAACUCAAGGGGUGGUUAAGCGGAUCAUUCCAGCUGUGGCAUCUACAAAUGCAGUCAUCGCAGCUGUAUGUGCCAGUGAAGUUUUUAAAAUAGCUACAAGUGCAUACAUUCCUCUUAACAAUUACUUGGUGUUCAAUGAUGUAGAUGGACUCUAUACGUAUACAUUUGAAGCUGAGAGAAAGGAAAAUUGUCCUGCCUGCAGCCAGCUCCCCCAAAAUAUAGAAUUUUCUCCAUCUGCUAAGUUGCAGGAGGUCUUGGAUUACUUGACAACUAAUGCUUCAUUGCAAAUGAAAUCUCCAGCAAUCACAGCAACGAUGUAUGGGGGGAAUAAAACACUUUAUUUACAGACUGUAGCUUCAAUUGAAGAACGAACAAGGCCGAAUCUUUCGAAGACAUUGAAAGAACUUGGUCUCGUGGAUGGCCAAGAACUUGCAGUGGCUGAUGUUACUACUCCACAGACUAUGCUGUUCAAGCUUCAUUUUACUACUUAAUUUACACACAAUUGAUUCCCACAUUCAUUGGGAGAAGUCUGCACACCUUGUCAAACAAAUGUACUCUAUGUGCAUGUUUAAAUGUAACCUAAAAUGUCCUUUUUAGUAACAGCAUUGCUGGAAGUUCAUUUAUCCCAAAAGAAUCACCUAUAUUUUAGAACUGACUCUCUUAGAAGCCAAUAUUUGGUGGAUGGUACUUGUAUAAAUGCUCCUUUUAAUGUACAGAGAGCCCUGAUACAGUGAUAAAUGUUUUUUUCAAUGUGUGUUGAUACUCUUAAAAUAAUGCUGAUGCUCCUUCCUAUGCAUGACAGUUCUGUGAUGAUCAAAGGAGUUGUUCCGUUCUGCAUCUGAAUGCCCACCUGUACAAAAAGAAUAUCCUUAAAGAGAACCAUGGUGAUUUUAAUUUAAAUUUUAGAACCCAUAUACAUUUCCUGAAUCUUGAGACCUGAGGGCUGUAGAGGAAAAUAAGCAUUAUGCUUGUUUAUUUAAUACUCAUUUUUAUGAAUUUGCUUAACAGAUACUAAGUAUUGAAAAGACUUAAUUGCGUUGUUUACGAAAUAGGGGAAAAGACGAUGUAAUUGAACUAAACGAACACCUGUACAUGAAAAAGCAUUUCCUUGUGUAUAUGUGCAACGGACAAGUGGCUGCUAUGUACAGUAUUGCAGUCAAAAACCCACUUAUGUUCAGGACUGAGUUGUAUUUGGUUAUUAUUGAUGCUGUCACGAUAUUUAUUAAUAAAAACAAAAAGAUAA